GGCAGGGCCCAGGAUGAGCAACCAUGCAGCAGCAAGCGACGAGGCCAACAACAAGGCGGAUGCAGCGCAUUUCCUGUUCGUCCCGCUGAUGGCCCAGGGCCACAUCAUCCCGGCCGUCGACACCGCGCUGCUCCUGGCUACCCAGGGCGCGCUCUGCACCAUCGUCGCCACGCCCUCCACCGCGGCGCGGGUCCGCCCCACCGUCGACUCCGCCCGGCUGUCCGGCCUGGCCGUCACCCUCGUGGACUUCCCGCUCGACUACGCCGCGGUCGGUCUGCCCGGCGGUAUGCCGGGCGGGGCGGACAACAUGGACAACAUCCCCCUGGAGCACAUGCUUUCCUACUACCGCGCCAUCGCGCUCCUCCGGGAGCCGAUCGAGAGCUACCUCCGCGCGGCGCACGCGCCCCGGCCCCCGACGUGCGUCGUGUCCGACUUCUGCCACCCGUGGACCAGAGAGCUCGCGGCCAGCCUCGGUGUCCCCCGGCUCAGCUUCUUCAGCAUGUGCGCCUUCUGCAUCCUGUGCCAGCACAACGUCGAGAGGUUCAACGCCUACGACGGCGUCCUCGACCCCAACGAGCCGGUCGUCGUGCCGGGCCUGGAGAAACGGUUCGAGGUGACGAGAGCGCAGGCCCCGGGAUUCUUCCGGGGUUGGCCCGGGUGGGAGCAGUUCGGGGACGACGUGGAGACCGCGCGCGCACAGGCUGACGGCGUCGUCAUCAACACGUUCCUGGAGAUGGAGCCGGAGUACGUCGCCGGCUACACGGCCGCCAGGGGGAUGAAGGUGUGGACCGUGGGUCCGGUCUCGCUCUACCACCAGCACACCGCCACGCUAGCGUUGAGGGGGGAUACAACGGCCAUUGAUGCCGACGAGUGCCUCCGGUGGCUCGACGGCAAGGAGCCCGGCUCCGUGGUGUACGCUAGCUUCGGGAGCAUCGUGCACGCGGACCCAAAGCAGGUCUCGGAGCUCGGCCUCGGGCUGGAGGCGUCGGGUCACCCGUUCAUCUGGGUGGUCAAGGACGCCGCCCGCCACGACGAGACGGCGCUCGCCUUCCUGCGUGGGCUGGAGGCGCGCGUCGCGGGGCGUGGCCUGCUCGUCUGGGGCUGGGCGCCGCAGGCGCUGAUCCUGUCGCACCGCGCGGCGGGCGCCUUCGUGACGCACUGCGGGUGGAACUCCACGCUGGAGGCGGUCACGGCGGGGUUGCCGGUGGUCACGUGGCCGCACUUCACGGACCAGUUUUUGAACGAGAAGUUGGCGGUGGAGGUGCUGGAGAUCGGUGUGAGCGUCGGGGUGAAGGAGCCGGUUUUGUACCAGGUGGAUCAGAAGGAGAUCGUGGUCGGAAGAGAGACCGUGGAGGCGGCGGUGAGGAGCGUCAUGGACGGCGGGGAGGAGGGCGAGGAGAGGCGGCGCCGGGCGCGUGCGCUGGCGGGGAAAGCGAAGGCGGCCAUGCGGGAAGGGGGCUCGUCGCACAGCAACAUCCGCGAUCUGGUCAAGUGCUUCGAGGUAGGCGCGGCAAAAUGUGGUGAUUUUGCCUAAGGAGACGUUCUUUAGGCAUCGGAUCCGAAUGGGUUAGACAUGGGUUGUUGUUUUCAUCCAUAGAUAACCCGAUUUGUUAUAACCAGAGUAUAGACACAAAAUUAUAAUUAUCCCGGUAAUAAUAUUUUUUUUUUGAAACAAUAUUGCAAAAACAAACCUACGAUUCAACAACUGUACUAAGUUU